AUGAUACAGUUCACGGAAAACAAUCCUCCACACACGAGGACAUCCAACGCCAAGAAUGAAGGCGUCUUAGACAUCCUUGGAAAUGACUUCAGCGCUUCGACGCAAGCCCAGACUACCGCGUCGCCUCCUCCCCCUCGACCACGUCCCCCUCGACCACCUCCCCCUCGACCACCUCCCCCUCGACCGCCUCCCCCACGACUACCUCCCCCUCGACCACCUCCCCCUCGACCACCUCCCCCUCGACCACCUCCCCCUCGACCACCUCCCCCUCGACCACCACCACCUCCUCCUCGAAAUCAUCUCAACUUCAGAAGUUACUCGUCAAUGAGGAUCUUCGUCCCCCUCGGCGGCGCGUGCAAGUGGAAGUUCAAGGCUGACGCACAUUCACCGGAAGUCAGUCAACCACCGCUGAUUACCCUUAUCAGCGAAAUCACGAGCUCUUUGAAGCCUUGGUCGAGUGUUUGA